AUUCGUCAUGUCCGUCUGUCUGUCCGAUUCUGUCACAGCCACUUUUUUCCGAAACUAUAAAAGCUAUACUGUUCAAACUUGGUAAGUAGAUGUAUUCUAUGAACCGCAUUAUGAUGUUCACACAAAAAUAGAAAAAAAACAAUAAAUUUUGGGGUUUCAGUUCUAAGUAUGGGGAACCCCCAAAAUUUAUUGUUUUUUUUCUAUUUUUGUGUGAAAAUCUUAAUGCGGUUCAUAGAAUACAUCCACUUACUAAGUUUGAACAGUACAGCUCUUAUAGUUUCGGAAAAAAGUGGCUGUGACAGAAUCGGACAGACAGACGGACAUGACGAAUCUAUAAGGGUUCCGUUUUUUGCCAUUUGGCUACGGAACCCUAAAAAGUGGGAUAUCCUAUUUAAAUAAUCUCUUAAAAUUGUAAUGACCUUCGAUUGUACGAUUAAAACAAUGAAAUUAUUCCGAUUAUAGUCGCCAAACAUUACAAUGCAGGGAUAUUUCAACAUUGGGACCACCAGCGCAGCAUUGUUCAAAACAAAACCACGUUGCCCAAAUACUAAGCAUUGAUAUAAACAGGAUUAGCAAUGGGCCCUGUCAGUAGCUAUUGAACCUAGCAGCCGACAACCCGUCAAAAUACAUGUGAACUAUGUAUCGGACAAUAUUAUUUCUCCUAUUCGUGGCUCGUGUUAAGACAGAACCCAAAAGCUUUCAACACGAGUACUAUGUCUCCAGGCAGUCAAGAAACAAUGCGGCGCCGAUGCAAACCGGAUAUGUGAUGAGUCGGAUGGAUAAUAAACCUCCUACAUACCAAUCUUUUGGAAAUCCUAGUGCUUCGUUUGGUGAAUCAGUGAAAACACAUAGUGAUAUCAGUACACACACUACUCCAAAUAGCGAUUUCGAAGAUAACUACAGGAAAUCGUUGAUAAAGUUUACCGAUAUGUCAAUAAUGCGUAAGGAUCCGUUUAAAUUUUCUAGUGUUGGAAAUAUGGCUUUUACAGCUACAGAAAGUAUUAUGCCGUUCACGAAAGCUUGGGAUAAGCAUUCGAUGAAUUAUGAAAUUGCAAAGGCAAAAUCGAAAUUCGGUCUCAAUCCUUCAAUGUCAAUAAAGGCAGAAGGAGAAUAUAUGAAAGAUAGAGUGACAAAUUUAGAGCGAUACAGUGCGACAGAACCAAGUGAAGAUGUUACGCCGAUGUACGACUAUAAUAGGGAAUUCCACAUAGAUGACGACGAUGUUAAGACUCUAUCAGGACAUACUUUGGAAUGGUGGCCAUAUUUCCUACACAGCCCAUAUGAAUACGAGAGUAUAAAAAUGGACUCGCAAAUAGAAAAAGCUAAAGAAAAGCGAUACGCCAUAGCAUCGGCAGAAAGAGUAAUACCUGUUCACGAACAUCAUGAGGAAUAUUCGCACGGGUACACCCAACCUCAUUACGACAGAAGUACAAUAACUGGCGUAGGUGAGACGCCAAUUCCAACAGACAAUGGAUACAUAUCCUAUACUAUUAAGGACUUUGGUAGUAAUUAUGAAAGCGAUCCAUUGGAACUCUCCUGGGGAAAUGCUUUUGACACAAAUGACGACAUACAGAACACCGGCAAAAGAAACAGACGUCUGGACGAACACAGUCAUGAUAAUAACCAUAACAGCGGUACCAAAGUUGAUGCAUCUAAUAGAGCAGCAUUAGGAGAUUCAAGCACUGAGAAAACCUACGAAAAGAAACAUGAAUUUAAUAAACAUGAAAGCGGUGAUUCUAAAAAUCACGAUCAUAAUACUAAUCGCGCCGUAGCCGAGAACAAUGAAUCUGCUUACAAAGACAUUGUAGAUCAAUUUGCAAAUAGAUACGGCGGUGAAGAUCACAAAAGACAUUCCAGUUUUGCCCUUAAAAGAAAUAGUGAUAACGGUGAAAAACGGAAAGGCUUUCGAAAAGUGUAUCAUAAGGACGAAUAUCAAGAAGAGAAUGAGUUCUUUGAUAAUACUAAGAACAGCGCUAAUGCUGAAGACAGUGGAAGUUCUAUUUCUCAUUUAGGUGGUUCAACUGCUGCUGUACAUUCCCAUGCUGCAGCGGCUGCUGGAAAUAAAGCCAACGCCUUUAAUGACAUUGAGAAUUCAAAGAAAAAUUCGUUUGAAAACAAUCAUAAAGGCCACGACGUGAAAAAAGGAUUAGAACGUGAUUCAAAUCGCUACAAAGACAUCUCACAAAUUAGUGCAGAUAGAGACUACACUUAUUAUUAUCCCUAAGAAAAAAAACCCUCAACCUGCCCUGAGGCAUUAAAAGUCUCCCAUUCCAUUCAAACUCGAGCAUAAAAUAAUUUCUAUCUUUGUCCCAGUACGUAAGGGUAUUAUGAAUGAGGACCGCCGUAAAACCUUUAGAGUUAGACCAAGCUAAGUUUGCAGCGAUUUUGAUAGCUCAGACUUUGCAAGUGUUCUUUUAAACUUCAAACGUAUAUGAAAUUAUGACGUUUAAAUAACACUUGCACAUUCUGGGCUAUCAAAAUGGCUGCCAACUGAGCUUGGUCUAACUCUAGCAGAAUCUCGAUAGACACAGUACAAAAUACCUAUCCACCACUGAGAUUAUAAAGAAGUAGUUUAAUAUGAUUGAUUAUUAGUGGAUUAAUACAUAAGGGUAUUUUAAAAUUAGCUAUAAAUAUAGUGUUGGACUGUCAUUUGUUGUAAAUGUAGGUAAUGUUUAUUGUUUUGUAUUAACGUUUUUUACUUUAUAGACAAGAUUAAUUAGAAUAAAAAAAUAAUGUUUAAAUAACGAUACUGUUUUUUUAUCGUGAAGAAUACACAAUACCCCCCGACGUCUGACUUGAUUCUCAACUCGCAACGCACACUCUUUCUCAUCGCUCAACAAAAACAAUUUACGAAUUGGUCCAUCUGAUUGGGAGCUAUAGAUAAUGCUAUAGACGAAAUCCUUUAUUGGCGGGUUGACAUUUUAUACUUAGUAACAUCAUUAGGCUUAAAUCGACCGGGAUAUAACCGUGAUUACCUUUUAUAUUGUUUUGAUUGAGCUCUCGAUAUUUCGACGCAGUUACAUGUUUAUAUCCCGGUCGAUUUAAGUGUAGUGAAACCAACCGCGAAUCAUUCAAAACUGUUAACAUCAUUAGGGUUUCGUAGUCAAUUAGGAACCCUUAUAGUUUCGCCAUGUUUGUCUGUCCGUCCGUCCGCGGCUUUGCUCCGUGACCAUUAGUGCUAGAAAGCUGCAAUUUGGCAUGGAUAUAUAUAAAAUGUUUCGAGAGAGCCCUCUUUACCUAUUAGGUAUACUUACUUUACUCUUUGCUUAAACCGCUAAGCCAAUUUAAAGAAGAGCCGCUUUCACAUAGAUUUUCGUACAUUGACUCGCCUGUUGCUAUCUCUAUUGCACGCGCAUAAUUAUAUUGCUGUCCCGUCCAUGAUGCCGGUUGUCAAUGUUAUUGUGCGGGUUUAACAGCAAUCGGAUAAUAAUAUGCGAGUGCAAUAGAGACAGCAGCAGGCGUAUCAAUGUGCGAGUUUAGUGGAAAUUUAUCCCUAAACGCUGCAAUUUGCGCCAGAUAUUCUUGAAAAUUGACCUUCUUGUAGCUGAGGAAUUUCAGGCCUAUGCCGUAUGUCUUGUCUCCACACGUACCUCCAUGCGCCCUAGUUCGUACCACAUAUGAUACAUCGCUUGCCCAAUAUUACAGGUUCUAUGUUUCACUUUUAUCGGACUGAAAUUUGAACAUUGAGUCCAAUUUCAACUAUCUUGAAAAUGUAAAUUAAAUUUUCAAAAAUUUAAAGGUAUUUUUCAUAGCUAGCCUUCUCAUCGCUAGUUGGCGUGAGCAUUAAGAAUGGUAUUUUCUUCUUACCUUCAUGAAUAUCUAAACUAUUCAAAUUUAAAACCUCCAGGUUUUAUAAUAUUUGUAGUCAUAUUUCUCUAUUGAGUCUUACUCGUGUUUAAUGCUUGCUCCAUUUGUACUCUGCUAGAGUCAGACCAAGAUAAGUUGGCAGCGAUUUUGAUAGCCCAGACUACCCAGACGGUGCAAGUGUCAAGUAAACGUCAUAAUUUCAUAGAAGACGUUUAGAAUAACCGUGCAGCUCCUACCGGGAAAAUCGAAGUUCGUCAAUUGCGGGCAUUUUUCUCUGUCACUCUAAUUACGUCUUAGUAAGAGUAAAAGAGAAAGAUCCCCGCAAUUUGCGAUUUUCGGUUUUCGCGGUAAGCCCCCAGGGCACUUUAAAAUUAAUAGAAAAAGCAUAGAGUUAAGAUAUUGACAGAGAGAAUUUGACUUAUAACAAACUGUGACACUGCAAUGGCGUACGGUCGAAAGUAUGGAAGGUAGAGGCAAGGAAAAAAUCUCCAUAUACCAAAAAGUGUCCGAUAAAAAACCAUAAACAGGUGGCGCUUCAAUACCUAGAAUACCUGAGAAAAAAAUCUAAUCAUAGACAGCGCACUUCACUCCGUCAAUAACGCCUAGGUUCUUAGCUACUCUAGCGCUACUCUGGAGAAAUUUGGAACUAUUAUUUAUAGCUGACAGCUGGACACUUUUGCAACAAUCUUCCUAAGGAGUUUCUGUUCCUUGCCUCUACCUUCCAUAGUGUAGGCGAGUGUAACACAAAAUUUCCCCGAUGAUGAAAUAAUUAUUUUUAAAUUAUAAAAACAGCAUUUUUUAUGAUCUACAAUAAAUAUGUACCUGAUUUUAUAGGUCUUGCAUAAUUACUAAGUGCAAUCAUUAUUUAAUAGUUAUUUACGAUGUAAGUGCGGAAAGCAGGAAAUUCGCAACGAGUGAUAACAAAUUAAACACGACCAAAGGGAGUUUGUUGAAUCGACAUGAGUUGCGAAUUACCUAUUCUCACGUGUAUUAAAAUACAGCGUUUUACAGGACAUAUGGCCCUUUAAAUUUUCGACAUAGGCACGGAAAGUGCUUAUUCCCGCAUUAGUGCGGGAAAGUAGCACCAUAUGUACUGUAAUAGUUAUUUACGAUACAAGUGCAGAAAAUAGGAAAUUCACAACGAGAGGUGGUAAAUUAAAACACGACCGAAGGAAGUGUUUUUAAUUGACACGAGAUGCGAAUUACCUAUUCGCACGUACACCAUAUAACGUUUUACAGUACAUAUAGUGGAUGUGCUACAACGGAAAAAACCGCAUACAUAUCAACAUCGACGAUUUUUGGUACACAGGUACUUUAGACCAAAACGUUGAAUUUUUCCAGUAGUUCCUUAACCCCCCCCCCCCCCCCUCUGGAGGGGGAGUAAUGACGUUAUCAAUUUUUUUUCAUAACCUACCGUGUGAGGUAUCAAAUGAAAGAGCAUUAUGAGACGAUUCUAGAAAUAAACUACCCUCCUACCUUUUAGCCACCUGUUCCAAAAAUCCCCCAGGUGAGAUUUGGCUCGGUGAUUUUUUCCAAAACACACUCCAAACGUCUUGUCAUAUCCUCAUAUCAAACGUAAAAUAAAGCAAUUUGUAAAAUAAUAACUAUAACUAUUUUUCUAAGAUUUUUAACUUUUUUUUUUUUACCUAUGUCUAAAAUUGCCGCAUAUAUAUCUACAUUUUUCGCCGUAUUUCAUGCGCUACAGGUAGGACUAAAUGGCACUUUUCAAAAUAAGAAAGCAGGUAUCAUGAAACUUUAAAAAUCGCUUUAAUAAAUAAGGCCGUAAAUAUUUUAUUAUGGUCUAUCAAAGUACCUAUUCUCAGUGACAAAAGUGUACGAUUCCAUCUCAGUCUGAUUCCACAUUCGGCUUAUAGGUCCCGAUCGCAAAUUCCUUCACAACCGGUUUAUUUGGUAUAACCGUGGCGGGAAAUUCGGUUUGUGGUA